AUGUCAUCCCCCCCACCUACCCCCAGUAAAGAUGCGCCAAACCCUGCUGCUCUAGCAAUCCCUGCUACCCCUGCGACCCCAUCUCCAGGCACAACUGAUUCCACCACACCGACCCCUCUGGCUCCUACCCCGGCACCUGGUGUUGGCGUCUUGGUGGAUGUCCCACAGCAUGCUGUUGAGGAUCCCGGUGAUGUUAAAGUCACAGAAUUACAUACCAUGUUUCCCUCUGUGGAGAAGAGUGUGAUUGGGAUCAUCCUCGAAUCGUGCGGCGGUAGUCAAGAUAGGGCCAUCGAGCAGUUGCUCAGUAUGACGGACGAGAAUUUCAAGCCGGAUGAGUUGGUACACGUGAGGCAAGAAGAGGCGAAUCAGCUCGACCUCGAUGCGGAGUUCGCACGCUCCCUACAGAUACAAGAGGACGAGGAUAGUCGUCGGGCUAUGGCUGCUCCUCCAAACCAGCUGCCUUAUCAACCCCGGAUCCGUCAUCGUCAGCAGCCCGCACAGGAACCUCAACCUCGUCAGAGUCAAGAAGGAAUGCACGAUCGAUAUGGAUCCGCUGGAGUGACAUUACUAUUCGAAUUGCUCAGUGCUGAUACCUUAGUUGGUAAACAGACCUUUUCGUCCCUGCUCAACAAAGCCAAAGGGGCUUUUUCGGACUUUCAAGCUCGUCAAGCUCAACAAAAGGAGAUGGCUGCUCAGUCGACCUCUUGGGGUGCUCAACGUGCACAAGGUGAUAUUUAUAGACAGCCAUCAGCCCCGGGAGGAGGUAGGGGAGGGGAUCAAAAUCGCUCAAGGGGCUUAUGGAAUGACAGUGCUUCAUACUCAUCCAGGAGCGAAUCAUUUUCAUCAGACGGGACUGAACUCCCGCAACCCCAGCCGAGACAGGCUCAACCUGUCCUGCACCAAUCUGCCGCCCGUUGGCAACCCUCUGACGCAUACGAUGAUCCAUUACCACCGAACCGUACACUAUCGGGCAAUCGUAUCGAAGUGACACCAGGUCGUCGAUCUCCAGCUAGCGGUCCGAGCCCUCCACCCAAGGGGACUAUCGAUCCUGCCAAAUUGGGUAUACUCCCGAAGAAGCGUGUCGAUCUGCUGUCAACCUCUCCUCCUGUCGGAUCCGCGGGCGCGAAGGGCAAAACGCCUCUAGACGAUGAUGAUGACGAUCCUAAUCCAUCAUUGCCUUCCGCCCCUCUGAGUGCUUUGGACAAGAUACCAAAGACACCCCCCGCCUCGAGCUCCCACAGAUUGAGAGACAGUGACGAAUUGGAUUAUGUCCCUAACCCUUUUGAUGAGAGGUAA